UUUUAUUUUAGACUCUUACAAACGAGUAGAUUAGCUGCAGAAACUGCAAUUGAAGGAGAGAGAAACAACGGCGAUGGCGGAAGAAGCUUCAAACACAAACGCUGACAUUAACAAUACUAGCGAUUCUGAUGAAAACCCUAACCCUAAUUCUACUAACAAUGCUUUAGCUAUGUCUACUUCUAUUCCUUCUUCUCCCUUAGUCUGCCUAAUUAGGUCUUCCGGUGACGCUGCGGCUGGUGCUUUUUUGGGCUCCGUUUUUGGCUACGGGGCUGGAUUGUUCAAGAAGAAAGGCUUUAAAGGUUCUUUUGCAGAAGCAGGUGGUAGUGCCAAGACAUUUGCAGUACUGUCUGGCAUGCAUAGUUUGGUGGUAUGCUUGUUGAAGAAGCUAAGAGGGAAGGAUGAUGCCAUUAAUGCAGGAGUGGCUGGCUGCUGCACUGGUCUGGCUCUUACUUUUCCAGGUCCUCCCACAAAUCUUGCCCAGAGUUGCCUUACUUUUGGGGCAUUUGCCUUCGUUGCUGAACACUUGAACAAAAAGCAAUCAGCAUUAGCUCAUUCCUACAACUCUCGAGAAAGCCAAAGUCACCCAACUCUAAUUCCAUCAUUGGCUAUUCCCCUCUCAGAUGAAUUAAAAGGAUCGUUUCUGUCUUUUUGUCAGUUGCUGAGAAAAUCAAGGAAGCGAAAUCACCCUGCUGCAGCAUAAAUGUCUAGAGAUGCAAGUGUUUCUUUUUUCAUGGCUGUAUGUUUUCUUGAUUCUAUUGUGAAGUUCUUCAAUUUUUAAUGUAAAUUAGGAUCAAGUUUUGCAAUAUCUUCUUUCCCAUUACUUUAGACGUAGCAUCCUUUGUCUUUAGGGAUAACAUUUACUUUGCGUUUCUGGGAAUGGAAAUCAGGAGCUGAUUGUUUUAAUGA